CGGUAUUAUGGAUAGUCGGAUAUUCGGAAGUAUUUUACCUCAGUAUCCAGCUAUCCAUCAUAUUACUCACACAUCACAUUACUCUCGAAUACAGUAUAUACCCAAGUAUUUGGAUAACCAGGUAUUAUCAGUACUAGCUGUAUCCCAAUUCAAAUCGAUCAUGUCGAUCCUGAGAGAGAGGGAGGCAGGGACAAUUCGCAUAAAUAAUGAAUGAACGAGAGAAGGCAAGAGAGUUCUCCAACGGACUCGCGAAUCGAGACGGUGAGGAAUUGGAGAGGGGAAUCCGCGUAUUCGCGAUACGAGACUACUCCGUUGUUGUGUCUCACCGUCUUCGAAGCGCGUCUUUGUCGUUCGCCACGCACGCGUUCACCUUCUCGCGUUCACCUGAUGCAGGUCUGCUGAACGAACUUCGAGGCGCAUCACGUGAUCGUCGUGAGGCCCGCACAAGUUUCGUAUUUUUCUCGCUGAGUUUUCUGGCUGAACUUUCUGGGUGAAAAUCUGGGUGGGAUUGAACAAAACAGUGAGAUACGAAUCGUGCUGGCGAGUCAAUUAGCCAAGAUAUCUUGCGUCUGGUUGCGUCGUCCUCGGAGAAGGAUGUUCCUCAUCACACCGGUCGACAAUAAUCGUUGGGUCUACGCAAUGCACGGAUUAGAAAAGCCUAUGGAUCAUGUGUCCGCCGGUGGUGUCAUGGCGGGCUCCGUUGCCACUCUAGCGAUCCUCUGGGUGUCCCUGCAGACGAUGGGACUUCUGGGUCACUCCCAUUCGAUCAACACCCAUAAGCUACCCGAGUCUCUACAGAAUUAUCUUGCCAGUUACACCGAUGUGCUUUCAGGAUUGCCAACUAAUUAUGGUUCCGAAGCCAUUGUGGACACCGGUCGGUUUCAAAAUCGAAGAUUUCCCAGAAUCGAUGGGGCGACUCUGAACAACUCGAUCGCGUUCGCGCAGACGUUGAUCGAUCGCAUGAGCACUCUCGAGAACAACAUCGCGAACGCCGGUAUUGAACUCGAGGCGCGAAGUCCGGCCGAGAAACAAUUCUGGAAUUCUUAUCCUUCCACGGAUGCUUUCGAAAGGAGCAUUGACGCUAUCAUAGCGACGAAGGCGUCGUCGUAUCUCGUACAACAAAACUGUCGAAGGUUCGGCUUAGACAAGAAUGACUGUGCCCGCUACAUAUCGACGCUGGGCCUGCGAGGCACCCCGCUCGGUGAAUCUUGUGCCGCGGUGCAUAAUAUGGAAUGUGACGAAACGUUCAAGUAUCGCAGCAUCGAUGGUACUUGCAACAACCUUGAGAAUCCGAGCUGGGGCAGCGCGAUGACCGCGUACACCAGAGUACUGUUCUCGCAAUACUUCGACGGCAUCCAAGAACCGAGGCGUAUCGGACAAACAAAGAAACCACUGCCAAGCGCGAGGCUCGUAAGCGCCGCUUUGUCCACCGCGAACGAUCAAUCGGACGCCAGCAGGACACUGGCUGUGAUGGAAUGGAGCCAGUUCAUCGCUCACGAUAUAGCCCACACCCCAGUUCGUAAGAUGGUCUCAAAUGGAAAACCAAUCUCUUGCUGCCAGCCAGAUGGUGAUACGUUGUCACCGCGUCAUAUUCAUCCAGAUUGUUCUCCAAUCAGUGUGCCAGACCACGAUCCUAUUUACGGCAAACAUUACGUUCGAUGCAUGAAUUACGUUCGGUCGUUACCUGUCUUAAGAUCGGAGUGCACUUUUGGACCUGUAGAACAGAUGAAUCAAGCGAGCCACUUUUUGGACGGCUCCACGAUUUACGGUUCUACCUCAAAGAAAUCUCGCGAGCUUCGCACUUUCGAAGGUGGACAUCUCCGUGUCGAUAUGCAAAACAAUCACGCGUACUUGCCGAGAGGAGAUACCGAAGAAAUGUCACAAUGCGGAGAAAACUGCUAUAAUUCUGGUGACGACCGUGUGAACAUCGAUCCUCAAUUAGCUGUGAUUCAUACAAUCUGGCAUCGUGAACAUAAUCGCGUCGCCGAUAAACUUGCCAUGUUGAAUCCGGACUGGUCGGAUGAGACGUUGUAUCAGGAGGCCAGGCGUAUCGUAAUCGCGGAAAUUCAGCAUAUCACAUUCAAAGAAUGGCUGCCCAUCGUGCUGGGUAGAAGGUACUCUCGGGCCAUCGAUCUCACCGUAGGAAAUAGUUAUAGCCGUAAUUAUAACUCUGAUGACGAGCCGGCAGUCAGCAACGAAGCCGCCACUGCAGCGCUGCGUUUCCUGAAUUCGCUGAUGCAGGGAAAUCUGAUAUUGCCGGAUAAUUCUCGCCAACAAAACAGAACGCUACAGCUAGCGGAGCACUUUUUCAAUCCACGUGUAAUCGAAUCGGAGGAGAUAUUUGACGGAUUGCUUCGUGGUCUUGCUACUCAAACCAGUCAGAAGAUGGACAUCAGUCUUAUUCCAGACAUGACAAGCAAGUUGUACACCAGCAAUGGCAAUGAUUUAGGCUUUGAUGCUGUCAGCUUGGACAUUGAACGUGGCCGUGAUCAUGGCCUUCCAGGUUACAAUUAUUAUCGCAGAUAUUGCGGGCUUCCUGUUGCCAAGACUUUCGAUGAUUUCUUAGAUUACAUUCCUGUGGAGAUGUUGAGAAAACUGCGAACGAUCUAUUCCCAUCCCAAUGACGUCGAUCUUGUCGUGGGUGGUAUGGCAGAGAGACCAGCAGACGACAGCAUGGUCGGCCCGACUUUCCGCUGUCUCAUUUACGAGCAGUUCUCCAGAUCCCGUCGUACUGACAGAUUCUUCUACGAUUCCGCAACACAACCGUACCCCUUCACUCCUGAGCAAUUGGCUCAAUUGCGAAGCGUUACUCUAGCUCGAAUAUUCUGCGACAAUAGUGACGACAUCACGCACAUGCAACGCAAUGUGUUCCUCAAACCGCAGGCAGGGAACGAAUUGAGACGUUGCACAGAUUUUGAGGCGAUACCCAGCGUGGAUCUUUUCGCCUGGGCGGAGAGAGCGAAAGCGUAUCGUUGAAGUCCUUCCUUAAUUGGCUGGUCACAUGCCAAGUGCAUCCGUUUGCCCGUGGACGUAGUGCGGGCCUGAGGAAAACGGCGGGAAACGCAGAGCGAAAAUGGGCACGUGGAAAAAGCGAUUGAGUAAGACUACGUAAUAGUCUCAUCAAAAUCGUCAAAAGUGUCGCGACGAUAUUGUGCACACCAUGACGAAGCGAUGGAGGCAAUAAAAGGCAAGCAACGGCGAAAUCACGUGACUAGUCGAUUAAAAAAAAUCAUCCGAUGGCUGGAAUGAGGCUGAAUGACGCAAGUGUGAACUGAUGACUGCAAAUGAAUAAACGAAUGAACGACUGAUUCUUGAUUGCCGAGAAAAUCGACAUUAGAGUUCAUUAUUUUGUGACUAGCCUCACUUGCAGGACUGCAUUUCGCGAUAGUUUGAUAUUAUAUAGUCUGAUACACAUAAACGCGUCAGUAGGUAGUUUAUCAUCAUAUGUACAUGUGAAGAUGAAUGUGUAGAGAGAAUGGAUUCGAGAAUGUUUAUCGGCGUAUUUAUAUAUAUAUAUAUUUUCGUAGAUGAUUGUUUAAUGUUGAGGCUUAAGUUUAAAGUACUUAGUGACUGAAUAAUUUGUGAUGAUUUAGAAUAGAAAAGCAAAGAUGAUUACGUAUGUAAGCAAUAUGUUAUUAUUACGUGAGAUUGUAAAAGUAUCUGGUCAAUAAAUAUGAAAUAUAAAGAUCUGUAAAAAUG